AUGGUCGUUACAGUUUCGGAUGAAGAAACAUCGUCGCUAUGUUCCUUCACAGCAGCAGAUUCUACAAGUCCGCAUAACUACUGGACACAACGUCCUCCUUCUUCGUAUUCCCUCAAAAUCCAGAAUCUCGAACAACUCGUCGGUGAAAAUUACCAAUCUCGUCGUUUCUCAGCUGAUGGCUACUACUGGAGAUUAAUCUUAUAUCCAAAAGGGAAUGAAAAGGACAAUGGAAGUGGAUUUAUUUCUAUGUACAUUGAAAUAGACAGCGCAGUCGAGGUGUUUGCAUAUCUCACCUUCUCUAUCUAUAACAAGAAGUUAAACAAAUACUUUUGUAUUCAAGAUACAGAAGUGAAGCGGUUUAAUGCAUUGAAGGUGUGGGGAGUUUCACAAAUGCUUCCGGUUGAGAUAUUCAAUGACCCUGUAAAUGGAUAUAUCUUUGAAGGAGAUCAAUGCGAGUUUGGUGUUGAUGUGAUGCUUGAUACAGCCAUUACCCAGUGGGAAGUCGUCUCUUUUAAUAAGACCUAUUUCCCCAAAGUCUCUUGUACUUUCAACCAUGUCUUGAUGCUGAAAGACCAUAUCUACUCAUCUAAUAGAUUUUCAGUUGGAGGAAAGACAUGGGUGCUAAAGGUGUAUCCAACAUCAGACGUCAAAUGGGUCUCAAUUUUUCUGCAUCUAUCUUACUAUGAAAGAUUGGUAGCGGAUGAGAGGAUUUACACGCGUGGUCAUAUCCGAGUUCUGAAUCCACGUGGAUCCAAUCACAUCACAGAGAAAUUUAUCUACUGGCACGAUGAAUCAAACCUAGGUUGCGGUCACCAUAAAUUUGUGUCAAUGGCUGAGCUUAUGGGGACUUACUUGGACCAAGAAAACACUUUGAGUGUAGAGGUCGAAUUUGAAGUUGUUUCUUCGACCACUUACCCUCCCAUCUUCUAA